ACGGCACGGCGGAUUCCCUCGGCACGCCUGUUACAUCGGGUUGCGGCCGACGCUGCGGCGCGGGAGUCGGGUGACCACGUGUUGGAGCGGCGCAUAAUAUUGUCAGGCACUGCUCGCAGCCAUUCGUGAGGAAUAUUGGCCAAUAGGAGGAAGAAACCUAGCUCGCAUUACUACCAAGCAGUGCGUUGUAUGUACGCGCCUGCGAGGUAAAUCUGUCGAACCAAUUAUGGGCGAUCUGCCAGCCGUAAGAACUGACUGUAGCUUUGCAUUUAGUUCCUGUGGGGUAGACUUUGCGGGGCCAUUUAGAAUUUCCAGCCGUAAAGGUCGAGGAAACCGCAUAACAAAGAGUUAUUUAUGUUUGUUUGUGUGUCUAACCACUAAGGCGGUUCACCUAGAGGUAGUCAGCGACCUCACUUCUGAAGCAUUCAUUCUAUGUAUACGUAGGUUUGUGGCCAGGAGAGGUAAACCCUAUGCUAUCUAUUGUGAUAAUGGUCGUAACUUCAUAGGUGCAUGCAAUGAGCUGGGUAGAAUGUUGCAAAAGAGCCAAGAUUCGGUCUUCAAUUAUUCGGCGAACGAGGGAAUCCGCUUUGUGUUUGGGCCUGCAUAUUCGCCCCAUUUUGGAGGAAUAUGGGAGGCGGGCAUAAAAUCAUCAAAACACCAUUUAAAACGAGUAGCUGGAGAGGCCUGUCUGACUUUCGAGGAGCUGGCCACCUUAUUUUCACAGAUCGAGGCCAUCCUAAACUCCCGUCCCCUCUCCCCACUCUCGUCAGAUCCAAAUGAUCCCACUCCUCUCACCCCAGGGCACUUUCUGGUGGGCAGGCCACUGACUGCCGUCCCGUCGCCACCCAUCACAGCUCUGCGGCCCAACCGUUAUGAGCUCAUAGAAAAAAUCCGCCAACAGUUUUGGUCCAGGUGGCAGAAGGAGUUCCUGGCCGAGAUGCAGCAGCGGUCCCGGUGGAGGACUCAGCAGCAAGGCCUCAACUGCGGGGACCUCGUGCUUCUACGGGAGGCAAACCUGCCUCCGCUCCAGUGGCGCUUGGGGCGCGUCACGCGCCUACACCCCGGCCCGGAUGGCGUCAGCCGGGUAGCGGACGUCACCACCACCAAGGGGACGGUCACUCGGGCCGUCCGCACCAUGUGUCCCCUCUUCCGGGACACGUCGAGUUGAAUCCUUCAACGCCUGGGAGGAUGUUACGGCCUGCGCCGCCUGGCAACACAGUCGGGCGGCGGGGCAAAAUGCUGGGGAAGCGCGUCCCGCGCUCCCUGGCAACACCGAGGCG